AUGUUACACAAUAUUAAUAAUGAAAAAUAUUUGAAAUCAUUCCUUAAACAGCAACCAGUGAUUACUUAUUAUGCAGAAGUGGAAGAAAGUGAUCACGAUGUGGGUACUGUUCUGCGUACUGCUGCCACUUACAAUUUUAAUUAUGGAUCAUAUGAAUACCAACCUUUAAAUAUUACAAUUACUGAAAAUAAAACAGAUGUUUAUCUAUUCAAAGAGGAGUAUAUUUUAAAUGAAAAAGCAAAAGAAAGUUUCGAUAACUUUUUAGAAGAUGUUGAUUACAAAUGUCGUAAUUUAGACCGUUUUAAAUUUCUUAGGCAUAACGACCCAUGUACAUUCUUGUUUUGUUUUAAGGGUGCACACGAGAGGAUCAUGUAA